GAUUGAUACUUGAGACUGCUGUUCAAGCAUCGGUCUUCAGUUUUUUUUUUUUUUUUUGUCUUAAUAUUUUGCAUGAUCUUGUGUUUCCUCAUGUUAAAAUCAGCAAACAUGGGAGAAAUCAUGUCUGGAGAACUAAUUGCUGAGUUCCAAGAAGCCUUCUGUCUCUUUGACAAAGAUGGAGAUGGGUGCAUAACCAUGGAAGAACUGGCCAUUGCACUCAAGUCAUUGGAUCAGAAUCCAACAGAAGAAGAGCUCCAAAACAUGAUAGAUGAAGUUGAUAACAAUGGCAAUGGAACUAUUGAAUUCGGGGAAUUCUUGAAUCUCAUGGCAAGGAAAAUGAAGGAAGCAGAAGCCGAAGAUGAACUGAGAGAAGCUUUCAGGGUGUUUGACAAAGAUGAAGAUGGCUACAUAUCACCUCAUGAGCUGAGGCUGGUGAUGAUCAACAUAGGCGAGAAACUAACAGAUGAAGAGUUAGAGCAGAUGGUUAGAGAAGCGGAUUUGGACGGAGAUGGUCAAGUUAACUAUGAAGAAUUCGUCAGAAUGAUGUUGGCCACUGCUUGAUAACUAAGUUUUAUUUUAUUCACCAA